AUGAGUUUUAUGCCAAGUGGAUCCAACCCAGAGACAGCUUCAUUCACAUGCAAUACGUGUGGUGUUAAGUUUAUCAAUGCAGAAUUGCAAAGACAACAUAUGAAAACAGAAUGGCACCGAUACAAUUUAAAGAGAAGAGUUGCAGGUUUACCCUCAAUCUCGGCAGGGGUAUUUGCUGAAAAGAUUCUCUCUCUGAAGCAUUUGGCAAAAAAUGAAAACGAAGAUGAGUACGGGUUUUAUGUGGCCACGAGAAAGAAGAAAAACGGAGAACGACAACUCACCAAGAAGUUUCUAAAAUCUCAGAAGAAUAGAGGUAGAGCAGAAGAAGUUAAACUUAUAAUAGACGGUGCGAGGGAAGCAAGCCCCGCAACCUCUCUCACUUCCGAGUUUUCAGAGUUUUCCUUGGGCGACUCGGAUUUCCAUGAGAUUGAAUCGAUAGAUACAGGCUCCGAAUUAAACUACACCGAAGAGUCUGAUUUUACUGAUUUGGAAGGGGAACUAUUAUCAGAUGAAGGAGAGGAGAAGGAAGAAGGUGAAAAAGCAGAAGAGGAAGUAAAUAAUGGUGAUGUGUCGUCGGAGGAGGUAGAGCUGAUUCCAAUCACUCAUUGUUUUUAUUGUGGUUUGAACAACCAUGAAAUGGAGAACAAUAUAAAACACAUGUUUAAUAGACACGGGUUGUACAUUCCAGAAAGAUCCUAUCUAGUUGAUCCAAGUGGUCUCUUGGAGUACUUGAGUGAGGUUAUCUCAUUAGACUACGAAUGUUUGGUUUGUGGGUUUGAAGGUAAGAAUUUGGAGAGUGUUAGACAACAUAUUGCAUCCAAGGGCCAUUGCAGAAUACCAUACGAAACCAAGGAAGAAAAACUGGCUAUUUCCCAAUUUUACGAUUUUUCAGUAGAGGAUGAACCAAAAACACAAGCCAAAGAAACCACGAAAAAACAUGUUGCGUUCAGCAAUGAGUCACAAUCGGAACAGUCUGACGAGAAGGAUAGUGAAAGACAUACUGAGGAUAACGGAAUUAAUGACAAUUACGAGUUAGUCCAUAUAGAUCAAUCUGGGGUUGAACUUACUACGCCCGCAGGUUACAGAAUUGGCCACCGAUCAAUGCAAAGGUACUACAGGCAGAAUUUGCGGAUGCCAAGAGAGCCAACAGCAGCACAAGCCACACAGGCAUUGGUCGAUAGAAGACUUGCUCCAGGGUUGUCACUUCACUAUGCCACAAAACAAGAAAAGGAAACAAGAAGAAUUGAAAACAAAACUAGAAAUGAUGUGGAAAGAAAGAGGAACAAGACAAGAAGAGCCAACUAUCAAAAACAUUACCGUGAUGAGAUUUUGGGUACUUGA